AUGCCCGCCUCGAUCGCCAUCCGGUCACUCGGCUCCAUCCUCAGCCAUGAGAUCCGUUGCCUCUUCACCGCCUUCCCGCCCUCUUAUGGCCUGCUGGCGUGGGCCGGAUUUCUCCCGCACAUCGUCGACGCCCUCGCGGUGACGCGCGACAUGGCCCCCAUCGCCGUCCCCGGCCCCGAGGAGGCCAGCGCCGUCUUCGAUGCCUUUGUGAGCUACUCGCUCGAGUUCGCCUUCUUCCCGGACUUCGCCGGAAACGCCUCGGCCCCGAACACCUUCUCGGACAACCUGCUGGCCAACAUUGGCGCCCUGCAAGGCGUCCGUCCCUACAUCCGGGUCGGGGGCAACACGCAGGACUACGCCCUGUACGACGAGUCGCUCCCGUACGCAGUCAACGGCACGUACGACUUCGACCGGUCGAGGGACUACCCGACCACCGUCUACAUCGGCCCGUCCUUCUUCGAGUCCUACGGCACCUUCGCCGACACAAAGUUCACGCACGGCUUCAACCUGGGCCUGGGCGCCAACCGCUCCGAGGGGUGGGAGACGCUCAAAGCCACGGUGCCGCUGGCGUGCAGGGCCAUCGGAAAGGACAACCUCGACGUCUGGGAGUACGGCAACGAGCCGGACCUCUACUCGACCUCGGCCCAGGGCCCCGUGCGGCCCCCGUCGUGGGACGAGGCCGCCUACGUCGCGCAGUGGCUCAACGGCACCCGCGAGAUCGCCCGCGUCCUCGCCGCCGCGUGCCCCGACUUCCCCGCGCCGCCGGCCUUCAAGGCCCCGUCCAACGGCGGCACGGCCAACCGCCUCCGCGCCCCCGCCCAGUGGGCCGCCGGCCUCAACGCCGACGCCAACGUCGCCCUCUUCUCCACCCACAACUACAUCAGCGGCGCCGAGAGCCCCGGCGUCACCCUCCAGGGCACCCUGAUGAACCACACCCGGACCGUCGAGUCCGUCCGCGCCCACGUGCGCGAGUACGCCAACAUGACGGCCCGCUUCGGCCACGACGCCGUGCCCCCGCACAUCCUGGGCGAGCACAACUCGCUCUACAACCAGGGCAAGCCGGGGCUGUCCAACUCCUUCGGCGCCGCCCUCUGGGGCGUCGACUUCAACCUCUACGCCGCCUCGCAGGGCAUCAAGCGCAGCCACAUGCACAUGGGGACGGACUACAGGUACCAAAGCUGGCAGCCCGUACACACAAACACAACCGCCCUCGGCACCAAGGCGCCGUACUACGGCAACAUCGCCGUCGCCGCCUUCCUCGCCCCGCCCUCCUGCUCGUCCUCCUCAUCCUCCUCCUCCUGCCCCCCCGUCUCCGUCGCGCACAUCCCGCUCGGCAACGACGGCGACGACGGGCACGCGGCCGCCUACGCAGCCUACCACGGCACGGCGCUCGUCCGCAUCCUCCUCGUCGACCUGCACGCCUACAACUCGACCGUCAACGGCACGGGCACCACGCCGGACCCGGACCCGACGAGGGAGGACCGCGCGACCUUCACCCACAGCUUCGCGGUGCCGCCGUCGUCGUGGCGCGACGGGGGGCUCGCCGGCCUGCGCCGCCUCCGCGCCAACGGCAGCGACGCCGUCACCGGCGUCACCUGGGACGGGUGGAGCUACAACCACGAGCUGGACGGCGGCAGGCCCGUCCGCCUCGACAACGUGACGGUCGGUGAGAACGCGCUGGUCGACGGCGGCCGCGUCGUCUUCACCGUCUCGGCGUCCGAGGCUGUCGUCAUUAGUGCCCCCGACAGCGGGUGCUGCUAG